UCCAUUUAGAGACCCUGGUCACACACGUAGUGUCCUAAGAAAUUCACUUUGUGCUGGGCAAAGCGGCACUUGCUUAGCUUGGCGUAGAAACCAUGUCUGCGCAAGCGAUCAAGGACGUCGCGGAGGUGUCUGGGGUGCUCCUCAAGGGUACGACUAUAGACCAGGAUAUCGUCGAGGUAGACGAGAAUGUACUACUCCAGGAUGUCCCUGAAGAUGUCGUUCAUCGCCCUCUGGAAGGUAGCGGGUGCGUUGGUAGGGCCGAACGGCAUCACCGUGAACUCGUAGUGGCCGAAUCGCGAUCGGAACGCGGUCUUCGGCUAGUCGGCUGCAACGACGCGGAUCUGAUGGUCAUCGGAACGAGGCAUGGGGUAGCUGUUCUUAACCGUGUAGCGGUUGAGGCCGCGGUAGUAGAUGCAGAGACGAAGAGUUCCAUCCGCUUUGCGAGCAAAGAGGACAGGUGCACCCCACGGGGAGUUGCUGGGUUUAAUGAAACCCGGUCUCGUGAGCUCCUCAAGCUGACGCUUGAGUUCGGUGGCCUCGGGGAUCGAGAGUUUGUAGGGUGCCUGGUGGUGAACACGAUAGUCAGGCACGAGCUGAAUGGAGUGCUCGACGUCGCGCAUCGGUGGGAUGCCGGCGUACGAGAACAACGAUGGGAAAACGUCAUGGUACUCGCGGAUGAGGUCACGAACUGCGGGCUCCAAGUCAACCAUAUAUCGUGCGAGUUCCUCAGUGUCAGCGUCAGCGCGCGACGACGGGUUGGACUCGACGGACGGCGGAGGGACGGAAGUAGAGAUGGGAGUCAUGGAGAUAGAGGGAGGAUCUGGCUCCAGAGGGAUGAGCUCGGCGUCGGGACAGGGUGGAUCAUAGUGUAACAAAUCCGUCACGUCCACCAUAAAGAAGGUGACGUCGUCCUGUCGAAUGAAGUGAGCGAACUGCCGAGGCAAGGUGACAGUGAUAGAGGAAGAUGGUGUGGGCACUAAAGGCUCCAGGGGAGAAGGAUCGGGGUGUGGUGUCGCGCGUGGUACCUAUGAAAGGUACGCGAUACGUCUGUCCACACUUCGUUUUGAGAACGAGAGUGUUGGUCGCCCAAUCGGCCUCGGUGCUGCGGAACCGACGAGACCACGGAGUGCCGAGAAUGAAGUCGUACCCCGUCU